AUGAAGAAGAUCUCACUCCGGCGCAAGAGCUCCUCAUCCACCGAGAUUUGGGACACGCUCCGCAUUGCUCAUGAAGGAUCAAGAGGGGUUCGAGAAUCCAAGAUUGAACUUCUUGAAGGGAAGCUAGGGAGGUUCGUGAUGGAAGAUGACGAAACACCUCAAGAGAUGUAUGACCGGAUGAUGAUCAUAGUGAACAAGAUCCGUGGCCUUGGGAGUGAAGACAUGACGGAUCAUGUGGUGGUGAAGCGCUUGCUCCAGAAAUUCCUCCGCAAGAAGAGCUAUGGGAGAAAGGAUGAGGACCGGUAUAAGAGGCAAUCCAAGAAAACAUGCUAUGAGUGCAAGGAGUUUGGGCACUUUAUAGCGGAUUGCCCCAAGCUCGCUAAGAACAAGAAGGGCAAGGGCAAGACCAAGUAUUUCAAGAAAAGGCCCAGGAGAGCUCACAUCGGUGAAGAGUGGUUCUCAAGCGACAAUGAGAGCGACAAAGAGGAGGAGCCCAAGUCAAGCGACUCCAAGAGCAAAGGCGUUGCUACCAUGGCCAUAUCGUCAUCAAGCACGGAGCGGCUCUUCUCCAACUUGAGCGACGAUGACGGUGAUCAUACGCCAUUGUGCCUCAUGGUGCAAGGGCGCAAGGAAGGAUCUCUCGAGAGGCAAGAGGAUCUCCUUAUUCAAGAGAGGAUAAAAAAUGACUCUCUUGAAAAGGCCCUUGCCAGAAAGGAUGAAAAGUUGGUUGAUUUGUCUAAGGAGCUCACGCUAGCAAAUCAAACCAUAACCAAUCUUAAGAAUGUCAAUGAAAUCCUUGAGGAAACUAUUGUGUCCAUGAAUGUGAGGCACAAUGGUCUUGAGAAUGAAAUUGACAAUCUUAAGCACAGCCUCUCCAAGUCUAAGGACAACACAAUAGUCACUACUAUUCUUGAUUGUGAGAAAUACAAAACUAUUGACUUAAGUGUUGUUGAGACUAACAAUGUAGCUCUCAAAGAGUUGAAGAAAGAAAAUGAGAGGUUGGAGACCUUGGUAAAGUUUGGAUGCAUUCGAACUUACCAAUCCAAUGAUGCUCUCUUCAAGACAAUCACCUCUUAUAACAACAAGGAUAAGAGGGGUCUUGGAUAUUCCCCCGACUCAAAUGCAAGCCCAAAAAGAGUAAUGAUCAAUGGUAAACCAUGUGUUGCAUUUGUGAAGAAAAGGGAGUCAACUGCUGAAGAGGAUACAAAAAUCAGCCCUGAGGACAGACAGUCCGAAUAG